AUGCCUGUUUGGUUCACUAAAUCAAGAACCAUUACCCAUCACUUAAACAGAAAGGUGGGUUUCAUGGGAAUUAUCCACCAAAAUUUUUGGAUUUCUUCUUCUUCUUCUAUGCAACCGAGUUCUUUAUCAUCAAUAUUUAUCCCAGGGAUUGAUGAGGAUCAUUCAACUCCACAUAUAUUUCCAUUCAACUCAUCGAUUAUCUCCCGUUUCUCCCUCCAGCGAUUCAAAUCCACCAAAGCUGCAAGCCAACUUGCACAGCUCUACUCUACUGAUGACGAUGAUCAUGAUAAUAGUCAGGUCCUGGACUUUCCUGGAGGCAAGGUUACGUACAUAUCUGAAAUGAGAUUCUUAUCAGAGUCCAACGUGAAGAGAAUACCCUGUUACCGUGUUCUUGAUGACAAUGGAGAAAUAAUCAUAGGCAGUGAUUAUGAACAGUUGAGCGAGGAAAUUGCAGUGAAGAUGUAUAGUAACAUGGUCACCCUUCAAAUGAUGGAUACCAUAUUCUAUGAGGCACAGCGCCAAGGAAGAAUUUCCUUCUACCUGACCUCAACUGGUGAAGAAGCAAUAAACAUUGCAUCAGCAGCUGCACUAAGUGCAGAUGAUAUUAUCUUGCCUCAGUACCGAGAACCUGGGAUUCUACUAUGGCGAGGAUUCACAAUUCAAGAAUUUGCCAACCAAUGCUUUGGAAACAAGGAUGAUUAUGGGAAAGGCAGGCAGAUGCCCAUACAUUAUGGGUCUAAGAAGCACAAUUUUGUAACAAUUUCAUCACCUAUAGCAACGCAACUUCCUCAAGCUGUAGGUAUUGCUUAUUCUCUUAAGAUGGACAAAAAGGAUGCAUGUGUUGUAACAUAUACUGGAGAUGGUGGCACCAGCGAGGGAGAUUUUCAUGCUGCUUUGAACUUUGCAGCAGUGACAGAAGCUCCUGUGGUCUUUAUCUGUCGCAACAAUGGCUGGGCCAUCAGUACUCAUAUAUCAGAGCAAUUUCGAAGCGAUGGGAUUGUUGUCAGGGGUCGAGCUUAUGGAAUCCGAAGCAUCCGGGUGGAUGGAAAUGAUGCUCUUGCUGUUUACAGUGCAAUUCACGCGGCUCGCAAAAUGGCCAUAAGUGAGCAAAGGCCUGUAUUAGUUGAGGCCCUUUCAUAUAGAGUAGGACACCACUCCACGUCUGAUGAUUCCACAAAGUAUCGGCCAGUAGAUGAAAUUGACUACUGGAAAGUGGAACGGAAUCCUGUAAAUAGAUUCAGAAAAUGGGUCGAAAGAUAUGGCUGGUGGAGUGAGGAGGAAGAAUCAGAGCUCAGGGGCAGCAUCAAGAAGCAGCUUCUGCAAGCGAUUCAAGUAGCAGAGAAAACAGAGAAACCUCCACUCAAGAACUUGUUCUCUGAUGUCUAUGAUAUUCCACCUCCAAAUCUUCGCGAGCAAGAGAAAGAACUCAGAGAAACCAUCAAUAGACAUCCUCAGGACUAUCCCUCUGAUAUCCCACAGUAG